CCUCUGCUCUGUCUCUGCCCAGGUGUGGCGCAAGUGUUUAAUGCGAAUCUUCACAGUGGCCCAGAUGGAGGAUAAUUCCAUCCAGAUGAAGAAGGAUUUGUUAACCUUCACCUAUCAGCUACGCAUCGAUGCUGAGGUGGAAGUAGUGGAGAUGGUUUAUGUUCUCCGACCGCGACACAACUGCCGGCACCCCGGCUGGAAACAUGAUCACCAUGUCCAAGAAGCUGCUGUGGGGCGCCACUACCAGGAUCUGCGCCUCCUUCACGUCCGCCUUACGACCUUUCACCUUAACCCAAUGGAAGCCCACGCAGAAGAACACUGCACGGCCCAGCAGCCACAGGAUCAGUGGAACAGCCAGCGCCGCCAGCCUGAUAAGGGUUUGGAGCGUUCCUCCUGA